AAUCUAUUUUCGUUAAUCAAAAACUAAUUUUCGAACGUUUUUAACUUUAAUUCCUGUUAAAUCACUUCUCUAUCCAGCCUCUCGAGGAAUAAUCUUUUUUCUUUUAAAGAAAAAAUGGCAGAUAAUUCGAUUCUGUGCUGUUCUUGUUAUACGAUUCCAACUCUUUUCCUGCUCUUAUCAAGCCUCUUCGGUUACUCUCAUUCAAUAAACGAGCAGUUGGGUUCUCACAACUCAUUCACUGUUUCCAGCUUUAGGUACCCUGAAUCUGAAGUCAAGCCAUAUGAUUUGCGUUAUAUCAGAGUUGAUUUGCCCCCAUGGUUCUCUUCUUUGUCCAUAGCAGUGGAGUCGGAUGUGGACCUUGAUGCAAAAAGCAUAUCAAAGGUUCCAAAAAGCACGCUGCCUAUGAUCUGCUUCAGAGAUGGAAGCCCACCUCUGCCAGAUGUAUUAAACAUUUCUCUUGUAGAAUUAGGUCCUGUCUCAAAUAGCUCGUUUGAAGCACUUCAUGGUCCGGAGAAUGUCCAGUGCUAUCCAAUGCAGAAGAAUAUCAUGGUGAAAUUGACAAAUGAACAGAUAUCUCCUGGAGUUUGGUAUCUUGGUCUUUUCAAUGGCAUUGGGCCUACUAGGACACAAUCCAAAAUGAUUAUCCGUAGCCCAGCAUACUCCUUCAGCGCCAAUGUAAGUGUGGAAGGAUGUACAACUUCAACAAUGUGGGGCCAGUACUGCAACCAGACAAUUGACUCACUCUCUUGUUCUCCAUCUGACAGCUUUAAUCCUAUAGAAAACGUGUCCAAUGCUGACUUCCAGACAACUGAAAAUGUGGUAUCCUGCAAAAAUGUUGAGACUUCUUGCCUUGGAGAAGGCGAAGUUAAAGUCUAUUCACUGGAAGUGCAAGAAGUUGCAGAACAAUUAAUAAUUAUGAUAGUAAAUGUCAGUUCUAGUACAACCCUGUCAAGUAAUGCUUUUAAUGCUAGUGGAACUAACUUAACUUAUUUUGUGCGGCAUGGUGCAAUGCCUUCAAUAGCACUACAUGAUUAUUCUGGGGACUUAAAUAAAGCUUCUUUGGUAAUUCGCUUCCCAAAAAUUGGACGCUGGUUUAUUGCUAUUUCACCUUCUCUUUCAAAUGGUUUCAGAAGGAAUCAGAAUAUUAGUAUACAAAUUUGCUAUUCCUUUAAAUGGCAAGUGCUCCAGUGUCCAUUGGGGAAGGCUGGAUUCAAUUGUACAUCAGAAAGAUAUGUACUUGAGGUCAGCAUAUUCUAUCCUUUAGAACAGACAGUUCUGAGAAGAGACUCCUCCCCUUUUGAAUCCUAUUAUUUGCCAGUCAGUGGAAAAGUGUCUCCAGAUUCAGCUAAUUUUCCUCUUGAGCCCCUUUUAAGCAAUGCCUCAUAUGGUGGAGAACCAGACAAUUCUUGGACUUACUUUCUCUUGAACAUUCCUCGUGGUGCAGCUGGAGGAAACAUCCAUGUCCGACUAACAUCAGAUACGAAGAUAAAUUAUGAAAUAUAUGCUAGGGUUGAUGGAUUUGCUUCUCUUGACAAUUGGGACUAUUAUUAUGCUAACAAGAGCAGAAGCAGUGAUGGUUCUGCAUUCUUCUUGCUGUACAAUUCAAGUGAAGGAAAGGUUGAUUUUUAUAUCCUAUAUGUUCAAGAAGGAACUUGGACUUUUGGGUUGAGGAAUUUAAAUAGUACCAAUAAUGCUUCAAAUGACCAGACCAUCAUGUCUGUUUCAGUCGAGAGAUGUGCGAGAAAAUGCUCCUCUCAUGGGGAGUGCAAGGUAGCUUUGGAUGCCAGUGGAUUGACAUCAUACAGUUUUUGCUCCUGUGAUCGAACACAUGGAGGUUUUGACUGUAGCGUCGAAAUUGUAUCACAUCAAGGGCACAUUAAGCAAUCAAUUGCUCUUAUUGCAUCAAACGCUGCUGCUCUGUUUCCUGCAUAUUGGGCUCUUCGGAAGAAGGCAUUUGCAGAAUGGGUGCUCUUCACCUCUAGUGGAAUUUCAAGUGGAUUAUAUCAUGCAUGUGAUGUGGGGACCUGGUGCGCAUUAUCAUUUGGUGUCUUACAGUUUAUGGACUUUUGGCUUUCAUUCAUGGCUGUGGUAAGCACAUUUGUGUACUUGACUACUAUCAAUGAAGCUUAUAAAAGGACAAUUCAGACAGUGGUUGCUAUCCUUACAGCACUCAUGGCUAUAACUAAGGCUACCAGGUCUUCCAACAUUAUUCUUGUGAUGUCGAUUGGGGCAUGUGGUCUUCUUAUUGGAUGGCUAAUAGAGUUCUCUACUCACCUUAGAUCAUUUUCCUUUCCAACAGAAAUCUGUUUAAACAUGCCUGCCUGGUGGCAUACCAUUAGGAGAUGGUUCAAUAAUUUACUCAAGACACUCUUGAGAAGAUUUCGUUGGGGUUUUCUACUUGUGGGGUUUACGGCACUUGCCAUGGCAGCUAUAAGCUGGAAACUGGAAAGCACUGAAAGCUACUGGAUAUGGCACAGCAUGUGGCAUAUUACCAUAUAUACGUCUUCCUUCUUCUUCCUUUGUUCAAAAGUAGAAACUAUACAUAGUGAGAAUCAAACGCUUCCAGAUGGGAACUAUGCAUUAACGCGGCAGGAUUCAUUUCCCAGGGGUGAAUAGAAUGUGUCGGAGAAAAAUUUUGCAACAUGUAGCAUUCAACCAGUGAGAAAAUAAGUUGGUUGUCAAGGAAUUCAGAAAAAGUAGCUCUUAAUUCUGAAUGAGGCUUCUUUGAUCGAGUAAACCAAAGCAGCUCCUUUUCCUAAAAAAAAGAAAAAAAAUAUUCACUGCCAUGGCAAAGGCAGUGCAUUGCUGAUUCUUUCUGUUCUAUGGCCCUUUUUUUCAGCUUUGAAUUUUUUUAAUAUUUUGUAAAUUUUUUGUUCACAUACGCAAGAUAGGUUAAUUAGAAAGAGGAUUUUUAUAGAAAUGUUAAAAGCUAUAGGAGAAACAGAGCAGGACACUAUAGAGGUCGGGGGGGAGCUUUGCUCAUGUAAAGGGUGUAAACUUAGUAAUUUAAUAGAACUUACUUAUUAUUUUAAAAUU